AUGGGUUUGGAGCGCGAAGCUCAUUACAAAAAGUAGGUAAAUUAGAGCAAAUUAAUCAACCAAAUAAUUGAGUAAGACGAAAUAGGGUUAAAUGAUUGGAACUGGAUGGAAUCAAUUUGGUUUUGUGGCGGAGCCAGUCCAACUCGCGUAUUAAGGCCUAUUCAUAUUUCUCAUCUGUUACCUUUAACAACCCUAUAAAAAUUCUGGAAAUGUAGGCAAGGUUUAAGGGAAUAUCAAGUUUAGAUUGUGUUUUCUUUCAGUCCUCUUGGGCCCCUUAGUUGUCCUUUGUAAUUUCUGGAUUUAAUUAAAUAGUCUGGAGAAAUGAUCUCAAGCUGUCAUAGCUGAAAUAGUACAGGUUACCCGGUUUGAAAAGUUGACCCAAAAUUUAGUGUUACUACUCCUGCUACCAGGACAUCCUUCUUUGCUUUUAUUUUUCUCACCCUUGAUUCCUUUUUAGGCUGUUGGUGUUUGCGGAUAUGAACGUGGAGAUCGAGAAAAAUCCUGUGAGAGGCAUAUCUCAUCUGCAGCAAUUUUCCUGUGGAGUGGGGCAUGUGAUUAAUGAUGUCACUCGCUGCUUGUUGCAGUCAUUCCGAAUGAUUUUUCUCAUGAAAGUUGUUGGCAUUUCUGCAACCAAUGCCGGCUUGAUUACUCUCUACAGUCUUUUUGCCGGUGCAUUAAUAUUUGCUCCAAUAGCAGGUUUUUUAUGUGAUAAGGUUAAGAUUCCGGUUCUAUCACGCAGGCUUGGAAAGAAAAAAUCGUGGCAUUUGUUUGGAACUAUCGCAGCUACAAUCGGUGUUCCGCUAUUUUUCAGCCAAUGUUUAGUUUGUGGCAGUGGAACCAGCGAGUGGGUGGUGUUGUUGUAUUACUUUUCCAUCGCCACCGUAAUCUCAUUUUCCAUCAACUUCGUUGACAUAUCGCACCUGUCGAUUAUUCCGGUUUUGGCAAAGGAUCAAAGUGAGGCCGCCAAACUUACUGCUUUGAGGUUGGUGAAACUCUUUCGAUCGCUACACUUAUAUGCUCAUAUCCAUGUUAAUACAAGUUGACUAUACUCUAGCUGAAAGUCUUAAUUAGCCUCAGUGUCAGAUUGGGUCAAAACCUAUUUUGGUCUUUUUGGUCUGGCUGUCAGUCAAAUAAAUUCGGGCGAAGUGCACAGCCCUCGUCACGAUUGUACAUGGUUUAGGUAAAACAAUUAUGGUAAUGAUAAUAAUGAUAAUAGUAAUAAUAAUAAUAAUAAUAAUAAUAAUUAUAACGAAAUGAUAGUAGUCAUAAUAACAAAUAAUAAUAAUAAUAAUAAUGAUGAUAAUAAUAAUAAUAAUAAUUUGCGCCUUAGAAGUCAAUAAAUUAUUAUUAUUAUUAUUAUUAAAUUAUAUAAACAUAACGAUGAUGGUUAUAUAAAUCAUGCAUGACUUCCCGGUUUAGUUAGUAUGUCUGCAUUUCGGUCUAAAGUUUUCCCAAGAUCUUACUUCGGACAAAUCGUAAGUACUUUUAUAUAUUUGUCGAAGUUGAUUUCCUUUCCGAAACAGCUACACGUAAUAACUUACAAGUAAAUCCUGAGGCUGUUCUUGUCUCUACAGAGUGUUAACAUUUUUCAAAGCUCACUUGUAGUUGACCUCUUCUCAACAGAACGGGUUUCAUGUACCUAACUGGCAUCGUUUCCUACCUUGUGGCAUGGCUAAUUCUUGGACAAGAUAGCCGUGAUCAGUUAACGAAAGAAAGCUCAAUGGAUUUUAUGGUAAUUAGUAACCCCACAUGAUUCUAGUGCUGCCACUGACUAUUACUAUUCCACUGUUAUUUCUUUGUCUACUUACUUUCUUCCUGUAAAGCUUCCUAUUCCUUCAGCUGAGACACAGAGUACCAAGGGGUAUCCUAGCUUUCAGCUUGUGGUUGAUGGGCUUAUGUCCAUUUAGGGUUAUCGCUUGAGACAACUUUAUCUUUCUUGAGUCUAUCACUGAACUUACUUAACUGCAGUUCUGAUUUCUGUUCAUCCAUAGGUGAUAACCCUGAUCUUGACAGGAUUAGGACUGAUUUGCUCUGCCAUUUUCCAUUUUGGAACCAAAGAACCUUCAGACGAUUCAGGGAAAAAGAGGCGGUCUAGGUUAAUUGCAGAUUAUAUGGUAAAUUUUGGAAGACUAGCCGUCGAAACGUUGCGAUUAAUGCAAUUGAUUAGCCUGACUCUACAUUAUGAGAAAAACGAUUAAACUUUCAUUUGUCUACUUUAAAAAAGGAGACAGAGAAGGAAAUACCUUUCUUGAAUAAACACAGAUAAAAUGGACAUGUGUUCAUCGCUUCCCUUUGAAUAAUAUGCAACCAAACUGAAAUUAAAUUGAUUGACUGGUAAGUCGCGAUAGCACAUGAAAACAAAAUGGCAGACAGGUCGAGAGAAAGUUGAACGUUUUAAUUUAGGAUUUGAAGGAGAGUUCUAAGAAUGAAACACCCCAACAUAGCACAAACAACUGGCUAAACGUAUGGAAGUCUUGGGCACCAAAAACGGUCGCAACGAAAGUAUUGAAGGCCAUAAGGAAAAUUCGCGUGGAGUUUACGCCACAGUUCGUAAAAAGAAAGACGGGGAAUAUUACGAGCGUGAUAGCCUUUAUGUACUGAUUACUGCCCUUAAAGCUGUUUUCUGAUUACUGCUAUUAAAGCGAUACCUAACUGAGAAGUCAAACAAAUGCUCGAUAAAAGUAAGUUUAAAAGCUCGAAGCAGGUUCUUUCUAGAAAACCCCGACUUUUCUGGCAACAACGUAAAGGCAAGCGGCCGAACCAUUCAGCCAUGACACAAAAUAAACACGACUAAAAAGGAAACAGAGUUAACUUUUUGCCUUUGAAAAACGAGUGCUGGUUUAUCCAAAUUUCACUCAAAAUUAUGUGGCUACCUAUACUUUUCGAGGUCUUUUAUUGCACGUAAAUGUUAACUUUGGGUAUAAUCAUAUUUGAAAAAAUUAUUUGAUCCUUACUGACGUAAUUUCGAAUCUUGACUGCAUCGGAGAAGGGAUUUUUUCACCACAGAAAUGACCCCCACUGUCACUGUUAACCACCUUACUGGAGUAGGGACUGCACGUUAUCAUGAAUACGUCUACUGAAUUUUUGGGGAAAAUAUGCGCUAUAUUUAACUAACUAUUAAACGUUUUUAAUCUCUGUUUUCAUCUCUGGUGAUCUUUUUCAAUUAAUGUACCGCUUACAUUUGUUGCAGAGAAAAACCCCCUUCAUACCAUUACCUGUUGUCUUACAGUCAUUGGUGUAUUUUGACAGGCGUAAGUUCUUAUUCAUCAUUUUUAAUACCGUGCAACAACUUACUUGCUUUGUUUACAGCAAAGUUUCCUUUCAUUCUACUCCCUAAAACAUUUUCUUAAUUCAACAGCUUUUCAGCUGCUAUGAGAUUUCUUUUUUUGUAAUCAUCUUUUAAAAUUGAUAUAUGACGCCGUCUCUGUUUUUUAUUACCCAUAGAUCAGCAGCGAGAGGAAAAUAUUCGAGAUAGAGUCAUUCACAGUCGACGAUUAUUUGAAGAACAAACCGGUCCUGUUGGAGAAAAGAGUUUUUCCCAAAAUUUUUCGGAAGCCAUAUUUGCAGGAAAUGAAACCAGGGAAGCUACUGAAAAUAAGACCUUAGAAAAACAAAUUUACGAUCCUGCACCGAAUAUGGCUGUUGUGCCGAUGGCAGUCACAAGUGAGAACGACUUGACGUUCGUUAAGACAUUGCCUAAAGAGCGAAAAGUAAGCUUCAGGAUGAGCAUCUUUGAUAGACUCAUGACAAAACAAGAAGAUUCUACAAAAGAAAACGAUGCGAAGCCAAUCAAUGGCAGACCCGUAGAUGACAUAAGCGAAGAGGAUGGUCAGGGAGUAACGGAAAAUGGACAACAAAAGUCAGAAGGAUACAACCAAGGUCACAAACUGAACUUUGGUCUUGACAAUCAAGGAUUCGAUACAAAAGAAACACAGUUUAACCAACAUUCUCAAGAUGUUAGCCAGGAUGAGGGAAAAGCUGUGCCAUCUGUUGCUUCUGAUAUUGAAUCCGCUCAACCACCAACGUUCGUUAAGACAUUGUCUAAAAAGCAAAAAGUAAGCUUCAGGAUGAGCAUCUUUGAUAGACUCAUGACAAAACAAGAAGAUUCUACAAAAGAAAACGAUGCGAAGCCAAGCAAUGGCAGACCCGUAAAUGACAUAAGCGAAGAGGAUGGCCAGGGAGUAAUGGAAAAUGGACAACAAAAGUCAGAAGUGUACAACCAAGUUCACAAACUGAACUUUGGUCUUGACAAUCAAGGAUUCGAUACAAAAGAAAUACAGCUUAACCAACAUUCUCAGGAUGUUUGCCAAGAUGAGGGAAAAGCUGUACUAUCUGUUACUUCUGAUAUUGAAUCCGCUCAACCACCAAAACCAAAGGCAGCGAGAACCUGGCUCAAAGAUCCUCAUUUGUACAAGGUAACUUAAUUUCGGGUAUAAUUAAAAGGUCUAAAACUCUCUCGUUCUUUCCUAGCUAAUUUUGAUUUUUGCUUGUAUGUAAUUCGAAUCCUCAUGUGUACCUGCAAUGUAAUCUUCAGCUUUCACACUAAAAAAUGAAGGAAUAUAAUUUGUAGUUUGUUGUAAGAAAUUCAAGCGAGCCUAUUGUAAAUGAUCCUCGGAGAAACACACACCAGGAACCACAUUAAUUUUUCUCUCCACCAUUACAAUGUGUUGGACAGAUUAUGACACCGACCAUGAGAUUUCAAAAGGUAACCUAACUUCUCGAAAAUUGUCUGUAAAGGUGCUGAAAAUCUGACUCCCGUCCCGCUUCGUUUGGCCUCUUACCUGUGACGUGAAUAAGUCUCAGACUUUAUAUUUUCCUCUCCAUGACGAUUUCUAUGCAUAGUUAAGAGUUCUGAAAAAAAGUAAAUUUUUAAAUAACAAAAACUUUGGUGUUUUUGCAAUAACCAAUGUAGCCACUAUUUGUGAGCCGCGCGUUACAUUUUCGCGUGAGCGGCCGGGUUACUGAGCUGCUUUCAAAACGGUGGCACCAUAGUCUUCCACCUCUGAAGGCAAAGUUUGAACAGUUAGGAUACUCUUUGGAAUCUAAAACCGUGGUGAUUAAAACAUUUCUAUAUACACCGGAUUUUCAUAAUUACGUUAUAUAAGGAACUUAAGUGCAGGUAAUACAUUGUAAAUUAGUUUACUGUAAUGAGUAGAUUUCUGGAACGGUUGGAUGCGAUUUUUCACGAAUGCAGAUUACUUCUCUUAUUUUACAGGUCGCAAUUAUUUACGCGUGUACAAAGGGUUCACAGGAUGUGUUUUACGCUUACCUGCCCUUACUCCUGACUGACAAACUGAAAUUUGAAAAAGUAUGUACCAGCAAACUUUUGAGGAAUUUCUUUCAUGGAUUUAUUUUAUGGGAUUGAAAGAUACUAAAGGUUAUACUCGAUCUUCUGUAAUGGUUAACCAAUUACCUGGUUACUCGUCCAUUCUCGUUUCCUACCUUCCUCCUUCACCGUCAAUUAGCCAACUUUACAGUAAGACGGAAGAAGAGAUAGAUAGGCACACAGACAGACCGGCACACAAUCAGAUAGACAGACGGACAGACAGGCAGACACACACGACAGACAGACAGGUAGACAGGGCGACUGGUAGACAGACAGACAGGCAGGCACACACGGCAGACAGGUAGACAGACUGACAGAAAGACAGACAGAUAGAUAAACAGACGGGCAGACAGACAGACAGACAUCGACAGAUAGACAGAUAGACAGAAAGAAAGACGGGCAGGUAUGCAGACAGACUGAAAGACCACCACUUGAUUUAUUAAACAUGUGAAAGAAUUGAAAAUGGAGUAGUUGUAGUAAAUCAAUAUUUAGGGUGGACUACGAGUUAAAAAUCGCGAAUCGCUUUCCUGUUAGCGUUUAUACUGUAUACUUUAUAGCCAAGAAACUUACUCUGCCAAUGCCUUACUUAUACUAAGAACGGAAAAUUACAAAGUAAGGACGACUUAAUGCUGGUUUAGGCUUUAGCAAAAGAGUGAAAAUAAUCCUCAUGAUGACUACAAACCUCGUUCAGGUUUCAGGUUGAAGUUCUACCAAAGGAAGACUGGUUCCUCUAGUGGGGGAAUUAAGUUGCACGUAUCCAAUUGGCAUAUAUAGGAGAAUCAAUGACUCGACAGAUUGAUUUUUUAUGACAGCAAAACAAUCAAUUCCACCCCCUGAGAAAGCUUGUAAUUUCUAUAAUCUCAGACGUUCGUGCUUUUUUUGAAGGAAGCGAUUGCCAAUCUGCCAUUGACAUUGUUAGUGAGCGCCACAUUGUCCACUCAAAUAUCAAGGAAGCUCUCUGGAAAAGUAGGGAAAAAGGUAAUGAAAAGAAAGAAAACUAUUUUCAGGUAACUUUCUAAUGAAAGCGAUGAUCGUGGACAAGAUUAGAAGCCGAUAACCGAAUAGCAAUUUAACAACCCUUUUUGCAUCUGGUUUCAAGCGCCGACAAGCCGGAGGUGAAUGAAAUCUAAAUGCUAAGCAGUCCGCGCAGCUGGAUCUGACUACCUACUCAAAAUAAAUUAAUUUAAAAUCAGAAAAACGUUCUCGCCAAGGCACGUGUGAGAAUUCAUCCGAGACAAGCAUUAUACAGUGUUUGUCGGUUCCAGCUAGUCAACAAGCGUUAAAGUUGUGCGCAGUUAGUCCAGUUGUUGUUUUUCACGGAACCGAAAAUGAGGCGAGCGAGGAAACUCUCGUUUAGAUUUACUGAACCCGAGAUUUCUUGCUCCGAAUGUAAAAACUAUAGUUACAAACGCAUUGAGACGAUCGUUUGGUUCAAGGUUUAAUUUAUAAAACUUAAUUCAAGCUUAUCAAGAAGCUUUUUGCAUACUCUCAAAUGUUCCGUUGUGUGGUAGCGGACGAGAGAAAAUAAUAUCAUGGCUGCUCAUAAGGAUUUCAUACCAAAUGAGCUUUUGUAACUAAAGGUUUAGACAGAGGGGACAAUUUCUAGGGAAAAUUUGUGAGUCAUCCUGAAAUUUUCAAGGUAACCAGCUGUUUUUCCUGCUGUGGCUAUACUUUUUCUAUACCAUAAAUCCCUAAAUUCAGCUGCAAUUUUUUCAAAAACGUAAACGUUACGUACUAAUAGUGUCAUAUCGUAGUUUUAUUUGAGUUUUUUUUUAUCGUUACCGAGAUCACAUUGACUAGUAUUUCUUUUUACUUAAUUUCUAUUGCUCCGGAGAAGUGUCCUCUUCCAGCUAAAAGCAACUAAAUCCAGCAUAGCAAAGCUUAGGUGAUUAUUUUCCACAUAAGGUUGUUCGGUAUAUAAGCUGAUGACCAGAACUGAGUUGCGCAAUCAGAAAACUGGAAAUGUAAUAAUUUAAUGAAAUAUAUAUUAGCCAUCUUCUGAAACUCCUCAUCCUGUUUUAGUGGUCUUUCAUUGUGGCUGCUCUGACGGUGACUGGAUCGUGUAUGUGGUUUCUGCGUAUUACCCAGUCAACAAGAGUGUUCACUUACCCGGCCGUCGUUCUACUGGGGUUUGGGUCCUCCGCCAUGUUUGUUAAUGCACUUGGCUUUGUAACAGAACUUAUUGGAGACAACAAAGUAAGUUUCAGAACUCUUUAUUUCGUUUAAUAUCUAAAUUUUCAUAAAACUUAUGACAACUGUACAAAUCCAGUUGUGCUUUAAUAUGACGUUUAAAACUAAUCCUUUUUGUUAAAUGAAUUUUUCCUGCAGGGCAGCUCUGGUUUGGUGAUUUCUGUCGUAGGUACCAUCUCCAAUCUGACCUCAGGAACUCUUUAUAUCGUCAUACAGGUUUUAUUUCCUAAAGGAAGGUAAAUUUGGACUUUUUGUUUUGAGAUAAGAAUUAUUUUCAUCAUCGUAAAAUAUGAAGUGAUUUCUUUGACAAAAUAUGACUUCCCAGCCUGUUUAUUUUUCUUUUCUUCGUUGUUCUUUGGUCUUCCUUAGUUUCUUUCUUCUUCCAUUUUCUUUCGCAUUUUAUUUUUUUCCGGUUUUAUAUAUGUACUUCUUAUUGACCCUUUGUACUUCUUGUUAUUCAACGCCUUUUUAUUCUGUUCAUCCUUCAUCCCUACCAGGCUCCUUCUUUCAUCCUGUUCAACAAUAAAUUCUACCAGCAUUCUACGGGGCUUAAAAUGCGUUCCAGGAGCGUUGAAAUCAAUGGGAUAUUUUCGCGAAAUGGAAGAAGGCGACAAAACUUCAAGAUAAAUUUUGAGUGGAAUUUUCAUUAGAAAGGUGGAAUUUUCAUCAGAAAAAGUAAUUACGCCCCAUGAGCUAUUUAGAAGAAUUACGAAAGCGAAAAAAAUGUUCAAAAUGAUAAAAUAGCUUUUUUAUAACUCAGGUAUCGACGUCAAUACAGGUAUUAAAAGAGAGUUAUUCUCUCUAGAGAGACUUUCCAAAGGGUAAACAUUUGGAAUGGUUCGUUUUUUUUUCUCCUAGUGCAUCUGCCGAUUGCCAAGAGUGUGGGAGUUACGUACAAAAUGUGUUCUCAUUCGUGCCAAGCUCACUCGCUACUUUUAGCUUGCUGCUUGUAAUAGUUUUUCAAGUUAACCAAACAGUCCGCGGGAAAAAAGGUGAGAUACAGUUUUUUAGGUGA